AUGACUACCAUAUUUCCUGACAUGAUCCAUAAGGAGAUUGAAGUCUAUGUGGAUGAUGUCAUCAUUAAGUCACGGAAGAGCUCAGAUCAUCUAACAGAUUUGAAGAAGUUCUUCGACAAAUUAAGGCGGUACAAUCUGAAGUUAAAUCCUGCAAAGUGUGCAUUUGGUGUCCUUGUUGGGAAGCUGCUGGGUUUUAUCGUGAGUAGGAAAGGGAUAGAGCUGGAUCCUUCAAAGAUAAAGGUUAUUCAAGACUCGCCUCCUCCAAAGAGUCGAAAAGAUGUGUUGAGGAAAGAUGCUGCAACCAAAUGGACGGAAGAUUGUCAGAAAGCUUUUGACAGAAUCAAGGAGUAUUUAUCUAGUCCACCAGUCUUGGUGCCCCCAGAAUCUGGAAGACCAUUAUUGUUAUAUUUGUCAGUGUCUGACAAUGCAUUUGGAUGUGUGCUGGGACAACAUGAUGAAACUGGAAAGAAGGAGCAAACUAUAUAUUUCCUAAGCAAAAAGUUCACUCCUUAUGAGGCUCAAUAUACUUUAUUGGAGCGCACUUGUUGUGCUUUGACUUGGGUUGCACAAAAGUUAAGACAUUAUUUAUGUGCGUAUACCACUUUUCUCAUCUCAAGGAUGGAUCCACUCAAGUAUAUAUUUCAGAAGCCUAUGCCCACUGGAAGGUUGGCGAAGUGGCAAAUUUUGCUAUGUGAAUUUGACAUUAUUUAUGUCACUCAAAAGGCCAUCAAGGGACAAGCGCUAGCUGAUCAUCUCGCCGAAAAUCCCGUGGAUGAAGAGUAUUGGCCUCUUAAAACUUAUUUCCCUGAUGAAGAGGUUUUAUUUAUUGGAGAGGAUAUUUCCGAAGAAUAUCCCGGGUGGAGAAUGUUUUUUGAUGGUGCUGCGAAUUCCAAAGGAGUCGGUGCUGGAGCAGUGUUGAUUUCAGAAUCAGGUCAACAUUAUCCUAUCUCAACAAAGUUCAGAUUCUUAUGCACAAAUAAUAUGGCGGAGUACGAGGCUUGUAUUCUUGGGCUUAGAAUGGCUGUUGACAUGAAUAUACAAGAAUUGUUGGUUAUAGGAGAUUCCGACUUAUUGAUUCAUCAGGUUCAAGGCGAAUGGAGCACCAAGAAUGUGAAAAUACUCCCAUAUUUGUUGUGUGUGAAAGAAUUGUGCAAGAAAUUCGUCAAGAUAGAAUUCAAGCAUAUUCCUCGAGCUCAGAACGAGUUUGCAGACGCGUUGGCAACCCUGACUUCUAUGAUUCAACAUCCAGAUAAGAACUAUAUAGAUCCAAUUAGGGUAAAUGUGCAGAAUCAACCAGCCUAUUGUUUCCAUGUAGAUGAAGAACCGGAUGGAGAACCUUGGUACUAUGAUAUUAAGAGGUAUCUUAGAGAAGGAAACUAUCCAGAAGGAGUGAACAAUGUUCAAAAGAGGACACUUCGGAGACUCGCAAAUCACUUUUUCCUAAGUGGAGAGAUCCUUUAUAGGAGGACUCCAGAUUUGGGAUUGUUAAGAUGUGUUAACUCUCAAGAGGCAAGCAAGUUGAUUGAAGAAAUACAUGGGGGUACUUGUGGGCAACACAUGAAUGGUUUCAUUUUGGCAAAGAAAAUUCUGCGAGCUGGAUAUUUUUGGAUGACCAUGGAAACAGACUACAUCCGUUUUGUAAGAAAGUGUCAUCAAUGUCAGAUUCAUGGUGAUUUGAUUCGGGUUCCACCGAAUGAGCUAAAUGUGAUGAGUUCUCCUUGGCCAUUUGCAGCUUGGGGCAUGGAUGUCAUUGGCCCUAUUGAGCCAGCCGCCUCAAAUGGACACAGGUUCAUUUUGGUAGCUAUUGAUUACUUCACAAAGUGGGUAGAAGCAUCUUCAUACAAGUCUGUGACAAAGAAGGUGGUGAUAGAUUUUGUUCGCAAUAACAUCAUUUGUAGAUUUGGGAUCCCCGAGUCAAUUAUUACAGAAAAUGGAGCUAAUCUCAAUAGUGGCUUGUUGCAUGAGAUAUGCGAGAAGUUCAAAAUUAUUCACCGCAAUUCCACUCCUUAUCGACCUCAGAUGAAUGGAGCAGUUGAGGCCACCAACAAAAAUAUCAAGAGGAUAUUGCGAAAAAUGACUGAUAACUACAAGCAUUGGCAUGAGAGUUUGUCCUUUGCCCUUCUUGUCUACCACACCACAAUCAAGACUUCGACUGGGGCAACACCUUAUUUUUUGGUUUAUGGAACAGAAGCAGUGUUACUAAUGGAAGUUGAGAUACCAUCUCUGAGGAUCAUCCAGAAGCCGAGUUAA